AAUGAUAAUGAUGUACGCUCUCAUGAAAGUAUUGGCUAUUUUGGCCUUGACCUUUGCUGACACUCCACCUAAUCCUUCCCACGUUGUCAUAGAUGGUGAUUUGUACAUCUUGGUAAUGUUUGGUCUAACAGAGAAUGGUUGCAAAGAUAUGAGAUUAUAUCCUUUCCAGUAUAUGGAAGCUGUUGACCUUGGUCUUGAAUAUGUAUAUAGGAAUCACGGUCAGUUGGUAGGUGUCAGAAUCGGAGCAAUUUUCUUGGAUGACUGUUCAUCAGCAGAACAUGGAUUGCAAAUUACUAAAGACUUUUACGAAGGUGUUCUGUUGGUCAGUGAUUCAACUGGUGCCCGUAUUGACCCAGAUAGGGUUGUUGGAUUUGUUGGAUCUGAAACCAGUGAUAGAACUAUGAAAGUUGCAGAAUAUUUGAAGACCGUAAAGACAGUUUUAGUGGCUCCAUUUGCUACAAGCCCUCAAUUAAGUGACAGAACUAGGUUCCCAUAUGUUGUCAGAACUGUACCAUCGGACAGUAGACAGGGGCCUGCGUUUGCAGCAUUAUUCACGAGUCUUGGUUGGCCCAAUGUUCAUGUAAUAAUUGAGGAUGAUUUAUCGUAUGCCAGGGAUUUGGCAAAUGCAUUCAAAGCAGCAUUUGAAAAGGGAGAACAGGGGAGAUGCAUAUCCUCUACUCACAUGCUAAAUAGUUCACAGAAGAGGUACAACAAUGAACAAAUAAUUUCAGCCAUCAUAAACAGCACCUCAAAGACUGAUAUAGUUUUGUAUGUGGCAGCAGUCACAAGUAUCAGACCAUUACUAGAAGCCAAGGAAAAGUAUCUUGGAAAUGAAAGGGGAAAACGUCUUGUAUUUAUUGGAACAGAGGGUUGGGGGAGAACUGAAAGUUUGGUUAAAGGUCAUGAGAAAGCAGCAAAAGGCUCAAUAUCAGUAGGCCUGUAUGGAGAACCUGUCAAACUAUUUGAUGAGCAUAUGUCAAAACUUAGAUUUGGCCAAUCCUCCCCCCGCAGUGUUUACACCGACUCAUACUUCAAAUCUCUGUUCAAUUGUGAUACCAACUGUUCGACAGACAUGAUCAUAACAGAAGCUCCAGCCUAUAGCCAAGACACUUUCGUAAUGCAGGUUCUGAAUGCCGUUCUUGCGAUUGGUAAAGCUACACUUGUGAGAUUUAGACAGAAAUGUAAAAGAGGCGCCAAGGCCAUAUGUAAAGAAUUUGGAAUAGAAUUUGGAGAAGAGUUUAUUAAAGAUUUGGACAACGUGUGCUUCACAGGCAUUGAUGGCCAAGACUUUGCAAUACGCGACGGAGAGAGUUUCAGGGCUUAUAAUUUCUUCUACUGGCAGGAGGAUGGGACUCCAAUCAAGAUAGGUGCAUCAGGCAGUGAGGGUAGGUCUUAUACACCAGAAUCAAAACAUUUAGGUUUUCCAGAAGACGGCUAUUACGGCAAAUUGCCACAAUCUGAAUGUUCCAAAAAAUGGUGUGGCUAUUUCUGUAGAAGAUGUAGAUUGGGAAGAAAUAGGAACAAGCUGAAUUCAAAAUGUUGGGGCUGUUCACAAGCAAGGAGGGAAAGAUACACAAAGUGUGAUGCGUGUGUCCCCGAUGGGGAGGAAUUCAAAUGCUUUAACUGUAUGGAGAAUUGAAAUACCAGUGAAUUUUACUGUAUUAGGCCUACAUGAUAAAAAAUAGCAUGCAUAAAAUAACAAAGGUGAUUCUGAAAAACAUCAUUAUUAAGGCUAACGAUAAAACUAAACAAAACAUAAUAAUUCGCGAAGGAGCGAUUUUGUAGAACACCAGUUGUCUCUAUAUUCCUGUGCAGAAAAGCAAUGUGCAGCCAAGAAAAGGGUUUGUGGAAAAAAAAUUUGAUAAUAGUAUCAAAGUCAGAGGAAUGUUGGUCUGAGCAGUAUGCUUAAACGGAUUUUUCUAAAAAUGGGUUCAUUUGUUAAUUUAAAUGUUUUAAUGGAGCCGUGUGGACAGAAACAUCACAAACAAUUCAGAACGGAAUUUGUAAAAUAC